AUGGGUACAAGGCAAACAUGCGAACCCACUGGCACGAUUCCAGCUCUCUCCAGCUUGUGCGCAAGCCAGGCUUCGCAGCAGAACCAGGCUCACCAUGGAAAAGCUCACCGUGAGAAAUCCCAUCACAAGACCGUCCACAACAAGAAGGUUGCAGGCAGAAGCCGCAGCACUGAUGGUCGACACCCGCCUGAUGGAAGCGAGAAACACUGCCGCCCGCAGGAUGCUUCUGGUCGUGUCCUGGGCUUGCAGCGAAGGAUACGCAAAGAAGUGCACACCUUGAGUGAUGCUGAGUUCCAGAGUUUUGCCAAAGCGGCAAACCUCUUGAAAGAGGUGGAGUCGAAGUGUUCCGGCAAGGCACUCUGUGCCGAGGACUAUCCCAACACUUGGGACUCCUUCCGUGCAUUCAACAUGCGGUGCCACAACGACGAGGAAGAUUUCCUGGUGUGCCACCGUAGGAUGCUCUACGACUUAGAAACAAGCCUGCAAAAGAUCUCUGGCGAUUGUGAUGUGACGCUGCCAUAUUGGAACCCUUACCGGGAGCCCGGCAACGCCUUGGACUCAAAAGUCUGGAAUUCCAGCCGAUUCGGUGCCUUGUGGGGCGUGGAAGAGAAGUACUGCUAUGACAGCGCGGAGGAUGCCUGGACAGACUGCGUCACAGAUGGAGUUGGUGCUGACUGGAAGCAGGGCACUGACAUCCACAGCUAUGAUUGCUCUGCAUGUCUGAACAGAGCCCCGGAGUUGCAUGCCAAUCUUCUACCAUUUCCAGUGCUUCUUGCUGCUACAAAGAAGGAUAGGACGCUGGAAGACUUCCAGUCCUGGGUUCGAGGAAUCGUUGCCGAUGUGCACUUCAUGGUAGGCGGUGACAUGGCACACCUCCCCGAAGCCACGACGGAUCCAGUCUCGUUUGCUCACUUCGGAAUGGUGGACCUCUUGCUGUCCCUUCGUCAGGUGUACCGCUCGAAUGCUGGGAAAGAUGAGCUUUGCACCACUUGUUCGAAGCCAACCGCGUUUUACAACGUCCCGCGGUCAGAAUGGCUCGGAAAGGUUGAUGCUGCGAACUCGUGCAUCCAGGUCCCUGCGAGCAGUCCUCGAGCUUGCAUUGGCUACGGAGAUCUCGUGCAGGCAGCAGGAAACCAGGGUAAGGCGAGCUUGCUUGGUGAAGCUGAUUCGGAAGAGUCAAGUGCUGGUGCCAAGUGCUCCAAGAUGUUGACGACAAUGAAGUCCAGCUCCUGUGGGGUCAAGGACUUGUUGCACAAUGUCGUCCUCACGCAGCGAUACAAUUCGACAUCAGCCUAUGCUGCUUGCAGGACCUACUGGUCCAGCAUGGACUCCGAGAUGGGGCGAAACUUCAUGCAGUGGUCGAAAUAUACUGCCACCAAGAGGAUAGAAAGCUGCAAAGCCGCCGUGAAUGAGACGAUGAAGCUCGUGAGCUUCUUCAGGCACGCUGAACCUGUGGGCAGUCCUGAAACCAAGUAUGGCAUCAAGUGUGAUGCGACCUUGCAGUGCUGA